AUGUCUUACAUCAUAACGGCUAUUGCAGCCAAGGAGCUGCCGAGCGACAUCCAAACGACGAUCGAGUCCCAUCUGAUUGGGCAGGAGGUGAAGUUUGUGAAAAGUUCUGUUUUGGCUGCCGGCAAGGCGGUGGAUUUCUUCGUGGACGUUGAAAACGCUGACAACGUCUCGAAAAAGAUCAAACUGAUCAACAUCCCGCAGGUGGACUUGGCGUUCCAGAAAGACAGCGACGCACGGAAAAACAAGAAACUCGCUGUGUUCGACAUGGACUCGACGCUGAUCUACCAGGAGGUGAUUGAGCUGAUUGCAGCACAGGCUGGAGUCGAGGACGAGGUUGCACGGAUCACCAAUCUGGCCAUGAACGGCGAGAUCGACUUCCAGGAGUCGUUCCGUCGUCGCGUGAACCUUCUCAAGGGUAUACCGUCCGCAGACCUGUGGGCCAAGCUCAAACCGCAGCUAAACCUCACAAACGGCACCAAACAGCUCUGUGCUACACUCAAGAAAAACGGUUGUGUUUUGGCAGUGUGCUCGGGCGGCUUUUUGCCGCUCGCUGAGCACGUGAAGGAGCUUCUGGGACUCGACUACGCGUUCGCCAACCAACUCAAGACCCAGGUUGUGGACGGAACAGAGGUGCUCAGCGGAGAACCAGCCGGAGAAAUUGUCGAUGGUAACAAGAAGAAGGCUGUGCUGCUGGAGCUGGCAGCCAAGCACGGGGUGAGUCUGGCCAAUUCGGUUGCUGUUGGUGACGGGGCGAACGAUCUGUUGAUGAUGGGUGCUGCUGGUCUAGGGUUGGCGUGGAAUGCCAAGCCCAAGGUCCAGCUGGAGGCAGACUGUAGGCUCAACACGGACUCGCUGGCAGAUGCGCUAUAUAUCUUUGGCUACACCGACAAGGAGCUAGAAUAA